AUGGCCGCGGCGAACGCCGCGGUGCGCCGGCGGGGCUCCGGCCCGCGCGCGGCGCAGCCGCACUACCGCGAGAGGGAGCUGCCGGGCCCGGGCCUGCCGUGGGCGCCGCAGCUGCGGCAGGAGCUGGAGGGCCACGAGGAGAAAACCGUGUCGCGGCCCUCGCGGGCUGGCGGCGCCGGCGGGGCCGCGGCGGCCCAGCGGAGCGGGCGCCGGAGAAACGAGUUCCACGAGGGCCAGGACCCCGGGGCCCGCGCGGACCUGCGGCAGCUGGGGGACCUGCACGCGGCGCGGGGCCUGCUGCCAGAGGAGCUGUCGGAGCCCGAGUCCCAGGAGUCGGCCGAGUCCAUCUCUGGCAACAUCGCGUCCUCCUGGAACCCGGCCGUGCAGGAGCACCGGUACAGGUACGCGAGGGACCGAGCCGUGGGCUUCUCGGAGCCCUGGCAGCCCAUGGAGUGGACCGUGCAGGACUGGGAGCGGCACCUCGGAGCCUCGGGCGCACUGGCGACGCCCGCCCAGCGGCGGGCCCGGGAGGAGAGCAGGCAGCGGUAUCGGCGGCGCGGCCUCGGACGACGAGCUGCUGCUGGCGGCCCCGCAGACGCCCGACCGGCUGCAGGCGGAGCUCGACAGGCCAGGCAGGGGCUGGCUGUAGGACGCCUCGGGCGCCGCGCGGGCGCCGUGAGCGCCGCGCCGAGCGCCAGAGGCGUCCGCGACGGAGCGCCCGGCAGGAGCGCGGCGGGGGUCAUGCGCGGCGGGCGCCUGGCCGAGUCCGGCCUCCUGCGCCUGCGGUCGGACCAGAGGGACGCCCUCAAGAGGGCGGUGGACUUCUUCCGGGUGCUCUGCGGGCCGCACGGGCGUGUCAUCGAAGCCAGCGCGUUCCGAGAGGCCUGCCGCAGCGAGGCCGAGCGGGCGCUGCUGACGAAGUACGGGGCCUGCUGGUGCUGCGCCUCUCGGCACUUCAAGGCCGGGCAGCACGACCUGACCCUCGAGACGUUCUUGAGGCUGUGCUUCCCGUCCGCGAAGCAGAUGGAGCCAGGACUCAUGCUGCGCUGGGCGAGGCACCAGAUCUGGCAGGCGUGCGUGCCCCCAGGCGCCGCCGAGCUCGGCCCCGAGGCACGGGCGCUGGCGCUCGGCGAGUGGUCGGUGCUGUCCUUCGGGUGCUGGGCGGCUGCAUCCGCGGAGAUCUGGGAGCCGCAGAUGCGCUGGUGGCCGCCGUCGCCAAGGUGGUUCCGCAUGUUCUUCACGGGCGGGUAG